GAUCUCAUUAUAGGUGAACUGUGAGAACACAAGUUUCUACUUCGUCUUCACAACCAGAGAACUUAAAGCAACAAAAUGCGUGAGUGUAUCUCUAUCCACGUUGGCCAGGCCGGAGUCCAGAUGGGCAACACCUGCUGGGAGCUGUACUGUCUGGAACACGGCAUCCAGCCGGACGGACAGAUGCCAACCGUCAAGUCCGACGGGCGCGGAGACGACUCCUUCACCACCUUCUUCAGCGAGACCGGCAACGGGAAGUACGUCCCCAGGGCCAUCUUCGUGGACCUGGAGCCCACUGUCAUCGACGAGGUUCGUACCGGAACUUACCGCCAGCUCUUCCACCCCGAGCAGCUGAUCUCUGGGAAGGAAGACGCCGCCAACAACUACGCCCGCGGCCACUACACAGUCGGAAAGGAGCACAUCGACUCCGUCCUCGACAGGAUCCGCAAACUGUCCGACCAGUGCACCGGGCUCCAGGGCUUCCUGGUCUUCCACUCCUUCGGCGGAGGAACCGGCUCCGGCUUCACCUCUCUCCUGAUGGAGCGCCUCUCCGUAGACUUCGGCAAGAAGUCCAAGCUGGAGUUCGCCAUCUACCCGGCUCCUCAGGUGUCCACAGCCGUGGUGGAGCCCUACAACUCCAUCCUCACCACCCACACCACCCUGGAGCACUCCGACUGCGCCUUCAUGGUCGACAACGAAGCCAUCUACGACAUCUGCCGCAGGAACCUGGACAUCGAGCGCCCGUCCUACACAAACCUGAAUCGCCUUAUCAGCCAGAUUGUCUCCUCCAUCACCGCCUCCCUGCGCUUCGACGGCGCCCUGAACGUGGAUCUGACCGAGUUCCAGACCAAUCUGGUGCCUUACCCUCGUAUCCACUUCCCUCUGGCCACCUACGCCCCCGUCAUCUCCGCAGAGAAGGCCUACCACGAGCAGCUCACCGUGGCCGAAAUCACCAACUCCUGCUUCGAGCCCGCCAACCAGAUGGUGAAGUGCGACCCUCGCCACGGCAAGUACAUGGCGUGCUGUCUGCUGUACCGCGGAGACGUGGUGCCCAAGGAGGUGAACGUGGCCAUCGCCAACAUCAAGACCAAGCGCUCCAUCCAGUUUGUGGACUGGUGUCCCACCGGCUUCAAGGUCGGCAUCAACUACCAGCCGCCCACCGCCGUUCCCGGAGGAGACCUGGCCAAAGUGCAGAGGGCCGUGUGCAUGCUGAGCAACACCACCGCCAUCGCCGAGGCCUGGGCCCGGCUCGACCACAAGUUCGACCUCAUGUACGCCAAGAGGGCCUUCGUGCACUGGUACGUGGGAGAGGGCAUGGAGGAGGGCGAGUUCUCCGAGGCCAGGGAGGACAUGGCCGCGCUGGAGAAGGAUUACGAGGAGGUCGGCGUCGACUCGUUCGAGGAAGACGAGGAGGGCGAAGAGUAUUAAACGAGGACAGAGCUGGAUGAAAUUCUCAGAUAUUAAAAGUCCAGAGUUUAUUUUGAUGUUCAACAGAGUGUUCAUGUGCAGUUUGACAGCUGGUGUGUCGACCACUAAUAAACAAAACGUUCCUGCCACUGCAGCAGUUUGUCUGAGCUCAAUCCGAUGGUGUUUGGUUUUAUUCACAUCUCCAGUGACGGAGAGAAAUUCAUCUGUGGCUUUUUUCUAAAUAAAGCUGUUUACAUCGA